GCCAGGAUGUGACGUUGCGUAGUUACCAGGCACCGUCACCACGUUGGGCUCUAGGCUGCAUCCCGCUAAGGAAGAUUGUUUGUAAGUGCAGCUUUGCGCUUCAAAUACGCGUCUUCUCGACGUAAUUUCAACUGUAAGGUGAGGCACGUUUUGACGGGGGACCCUUCGCCAGGUUCAGUCUGUUGUCUGCCAUGUUCAACCCCAGGGAACUAGAAGGUGAAGUGGAUCAUUCAUUUUUUGACAGUGACUGUGAUGAUAGCAGCAGAGAUGGAGGGGAAAAGAUAGAGAAAGGCUUGAAGGCUGAAAAAGAGAACCCACCAGCCCCUGAGAAGCGACGUGCAAAACAGACAGAAACAACAAAAGGUGGUUCCUCUCCAAGAACUGAUGAGACAAAAAAACACCCGAAGCUAGUUGACAACAACAACAUUAGUAGCAGGGCAGAAAGUAAAGGGAACAGCUGUCAAGUAAAGGAAGAAGAGAGUAGCAGGGCAUCCAGCGUAUCAUCUGUUGCCUGUACAUCAGAUAAAGCCAUCCAUAUUGGCAGUGAUAGUGAGGCAGACUCUAAUUCAAAGUCUAAACUGCACAAUGAAACAUUUAUCGUGUUAUUGGAUGAGGCCAGGGAAGUAGAUUGUAAGGAUGUGUACAGCCAGAGACCAAAUGAGUAUGAAGAAGAUACAUUGCCAUCCAAACACUCUGACUCAAUAGGGAAAAUUAAACAAUCUCCUGAAAAACAGAUAAGAAAUUGGCGUACCAGCAGUCCAUCCUCCAUUUCAACUGAAAGCAGCGUAGACUCAGACUCAGACUCUAGCAGCAGUAUAGAUUCCCCCACCCUUCCAAAGCCCAACAAGACUUCUUUAUCCCCUGAAAUGAGAAGGACCCACGCAGGCUCAGCAGGAUCUCAGGACGUGCCUAUUGGCCAUACAGAGGAGUCAGAGGAUACAGUGACAGAUGUGAGUCCCCUCUCCUCUCCUGAUAUAAGCCCUCUCCAGUCAUUGGACCUGAACCAAACAGAGCCUACAGAGGGAUGCCUUAAAGAGCAGCAGCAGCAGCAGGAGAGUGUGCCCUCCAGUGGCCUGAGUGACAUGCAUCAGGAUGAAGACUCGGAUCAGGAUGUAGAUGAGUGCUCCCUCAAUUCAGAGAGUCGGCAUGGAGGUAAACUGGUUUCCUGCUGUACUGGGGGAAGAAACAGGAAGAACUACUCGUUCACCAAUGAUGAGGUCCGACGCAUAGAUCGAGAGAACCAGCGUCUUCUUCGUGAGAUUUCGCGACAUACUCCAGGGCCCAGACCAGGAAGUACAACAAGGAAGAAAACCCAUAUGACCAGCAAGUUGCCGCAUAUUCUCCUCUCUCACAGCGCACUCAACAGGCAGCGGGAACAGCAACGCAUCGAGAGGGAAAACCUGAUUUUCUUGAAGAAACUGGAGUCCGUCAAGCCAACACCUGGCCUAAAGCGUUCAGAACAACUGAAGGACUUCCAGCGACACAUUAGAAUCCUGGGAGCUCCUUCAUACCCCGUCAGUAUGUCCCCCACAAAGUCAGAGAGGUCUAUCAGCAAGACGCCCUCAGCAGGUUCCAGGCCAGCCAGUUCCACCCACCACAGCAGCAGAGCGGUUUCCACUACUAACUUCAGCAAAACACCCGUACCCAGGUCAAAAGAACAGCCCAGUGCAGUCUGGUGCUGAGAACAUUGGCAUUUUCAGAUCUACAAAGAAACACAUCACUGGUCUACAUUCAUCACAAGAGGGUUACGUUGCCACCGUACUUAGCUUGAAGCAUCUUUGUUUACAUGCAUGGGUUCAUCGUACUUUUAGUUCACUUAACCAACUAUUCAGUGAUUUGUGUUGUCAUAAAGAAGAUGGACUUUCUUCCCAUUCUUUGAUGCUAAAAUAAAGCAAAUGGUGAUCUGAGG